CACACCGUGCGCCAGCCCGCCCACUUGGGUAAUAUUUUGGCGACAUCCAAAAAUAUGUGCUUCCUUCCGCCCCCGAUUUAACUUUUGUUUCUUGUCUUGCAGAUUUCUUAAUCCUCAAAACCACUGCCUUUAGGUUUUGCCUCUGGUCCACGAAUACCUGCAGCUCCAACUCGCUGACCACUUUCGCGAGCGAGCUCCUGUGGCUUUGUACUGUAGACCAUACCUUUCUUCAUUUCCCCAGUUCUGCCUGCAGAGGCGGGAUAGGCGUCGCCAGCCAUGGCUUCGCUGUUGCGAAUUGCGUUAUGGGGGUUGUAUGCUUUGGGGAGCAAUGCGCUCAGAUAUGAGGCAGAGUAUGUUGGAUACAAUCUGAACGAAGACGACCCCACGCUUGGUGCCGUCAACAACAAAUGGGCUGGGCACACAUAUCACCCAUCGCCGACGAACUGGCGAUUCCCAUUUUACACCUUGUUCCUGGACAAAUUCGUCAAUGGCGACCCGUCAAACGAUAAUAUCAACGGGACGCUCUUCGAGCACGACUCGAUGCAAACGAUGUUGCGACACGGCGGAGAUAUCCAGGGCCUGAUCGACAGCUUGGACUAUAUCGCAGGAAUGGGCGUGAAAGGCCUGUAUAUUGCUGGCACGCCUUGGUUAAAUUUCCCCUGGGGCGCAGAUUCCUACUCCCCGUUGGACUUCACACUUCUGGACCAGCACUAUGGUGACAUCGCAAAAUACCGAGAGAUGGUGGACGAAAUCCACAGACGAGGCAUGUACAUAAUUGUUGAUACGACAAUGUCCACGAUGGGUGACUUGCACGGAUUCGAGGGCCAUUUAAACGACUCGGCGCCAUUCAAGCCAACCGAAUAUAAAGUCGUACUCCGCGACAAGACCAGGCAAUACCACGACUUCCACCCUCAGACCGAAGACAAAUACAAUGAGACAUGCGCAUACCCAACAUUUUGGGACGACACUGGCCAUGAGGUGGGACAAGAUGUCCUGAGCCAAUUGGGCGGAUGCUUCGACUCGGAAUUUGACCAGGCGGGAGAUAUCCCAGGUGUCGGAUUUUUCCCGGACUGGCAAAACCAGCUGGGAAAAUAUCAAUCGGUGCAGGAUCGCCUCAGGGAAUGGAUGCCUUCAGUCCGCGAGAAACUGGAGAACUUCGCUUGCCUGACGAUCCAAAAGCUGGAUAUCGAUGGUUAUCGCUUCGAUAAGGGAACACAAAUCACCCUGGAUGCGCUCGCAGAAAUCAAUCUGAGCAUCCGAGAAUGCGCCCGCGAGGUUGGCAAAGACAACUUUUUCAUUGCUGGAGAAAUUUCCGGAGGAAACACAUUCGGAAGUCUUUAUCUGGGCCGUGGACGUACUCCAGAGGCAUACGGGAAUAUCACUCUGGAUGAGGCAGUAAAGCUCAACAAUGCCUCAAAUGCGACUCUUUUCAUGCGCGAUGAAGACCAUGGAGCUUAUGAUGCUGCGGCCUUUCAUUACUCGGUUUAUCGAUCCCUGACGAGGUUUCUUGGAAUGCAAGGCUUUGAUGCCAGUUUCUAUGAUGUCCCAGCAGACUGGGUGGAAACGUGGAACGUGUUGCUGCGCAGUAACGACUUGGUCAACCCAAAUACCAACAAACUGGACCCAAGGCACAUGUACGGAACAGCAAAUCAAGAUGUUUUCCGCUGGCCUGCAAUCCAAGAUGGCGUUGAGAAGCAGCUCUUGGGCAGCUUUAUCACCACAAUCCAUAUGCCCGGUAUCCCCUUAAUGUACUAUGGAGAAGAGCAAGGACUCUACCUGCUUGAUAAUACAGCCGACAAUUACCUCUUUGGUAGACAAGCUAUGUCUGCGUCUGUGGCGUGGCAGGCCCACGGAUGUUACAACUUGAGUUCCUCGCAAUAUUCUCAUUUUGGGGAUGUUAAUGCCCAGAAAGGUUGUGAAGACGAUAAGGUUUCGUUGGACCAUCGAGACCCCUCACAUCCGAUCCGCAAUAUCAUUAAAGGCAUGCACCAAAUGCGACUCAAUUACCCAGUUCUUAACGAUGGAUUGUUCCUUCAGGCACUUUCAAACCAGACCCAGCAAAUUCCAAUUGGCGAGGAAACAAGAGAAGUAGGUAUUUGGAGUGCCUUCCGAAGCGGACUUCCAAAAAUCCAGGACCUUAGUACCGCUGGCGGACAGGGCGAACAAGAAGUCUGGCUUUUGUACCACAACGACAAUGUGACCGUCAAUUACGCAUUCAAUUGCCUUGUCGACGAUCUUGCAUUGGUGGCCCCUUUCCCGCCAGGAACGGUUCUCAGGAAUUUAUUCUACCCAUACGACGAGGUUACCCUUCUGAGUGGAAAAGUGGUGCCUGGAUUUGGUUCUUUGGAUUUUACCGCAGCAGUGGAAGCUAGAGCUGAACCUGUCAAUGCUGUUGAAGCCGCCGCCCAAACCGUAGCAGAGACUGUGGCCGAAACUGCAGCCGAAACUGCGACCGAUACUGCAGCCAGCGAUCUUCCAACUGCCACAAAGGCUAGUACUGCCGAAGACAAAUCUUCAACCGAAACUGGCACUGGUAAGAAGGCUUCUACAACCGGGAAAGCCAAUAUUUCUAGCACCAAGACGACGACAAAGCCUAAAGCAACAACUACUGCACCGCCUCCCAAGUUCACCAGCGGAUGCUUAAAGACAGUCUCCCUAAAGCCCUACGAAUUUAGGGCUUAUGUACCAAAGGCCAAAUGGGUUGCACCCAACCCUAUGAUAACAAGGUUUGUCCCAGGGCACGAUGCACGACUGAAUGCGACUGUUCCACUUGGCCAGCAAGAAGAUAUCGAAAUCGCGCUAUACUUCUCGAACGAAAUGAACUGUACUAGUGUGACUGAAGGAAUUACAAUCACAUCCACAACAGAAGAUGCUACAACUGCUUCUAUACUCGAAGGCUCCAUAAAGUGCGCCAAUGUGCCCCGUCAGGUUGAACUUGAUGUCCCAGGAAAUAUCCCGAGCAUUUGGAAGUUCAGUGCCACACUCACUGGUGUCGGCCAUGGUGUACACGCUAUCACUGUUAAGGACGUUGCAAUGGAAACUGGGACCAAAUCAACUGGGUCGACCGAUAAGUUCCUUUUCCGUACUGGCGCACAGGACAACCCGAUUGCAUUCCCACGUUCGGCAAACUACAGCUCUAGUCUGCUACAGCGCCAUGACAAUGGCACCCUUUUCAUUAGUCACAAGGCUGCUGGAGCUAACUCGUGGAGGUAUACCUUGGACUGGACGAAUUAUAGCGAGUGGUUCCUGUACCAGGGCGGGGAAGUUAAUAUUCCGCCCAAGAACUGGACAGGAACAGCCAAGCAAAAGUGGAAGGGCGAGCAUGUAAUUGUGGAGUAUUAUAACAGGGACUCUGGCAGCUCUGAUUACGUCCAACAUGGUGAUCUCGACUCGCCGCCCCGCAGAAUCCCAAACCUGUUCGCCCUCGGCUCCUUCAAUGGCUUUGGUGCCGAUUCUGGUAUCCUCAAUACCUUCCGUCUGGACAAAGAUGGUUGGUGGAAAUAUGACCUCAUCUCUGAGUGGCCAGGACAGCUUCAGCUUAAUCAAUGGGGUAUUAAUCCUGAUGGGUUACCCGAUCAGACCGCUGUCUUCGGCGAUAUUGACAACGAUCAAAUCCUCGACCGCACGCCUCCGCCCACUCUCCGGCUUGCAUCGUUUGAUCUCAAGGAUGCACCGGCAAUGCCGUAUCUGGGAUACAGGUUGUCCGUAAAUGACGGCACGCUUGCAUAUACAAUUCUGCCAACCGGAAACAUGUGGUUCCAGAUCGUUGUUUUCGUCGUUAGCACAGUGGCCCCAGUCCUAACUGGCCUCUUCGCUGUUUGGGGAUUUAUGGGCGCAUUUUACUCUGUUAAGUUCAACAAGGUCGGUGUCAGGGUCAAGGGCAUGGGAGCUCUGGUCCCUGCAUUUAUUGGAAAGAGAUUCGCUGGUAAGCAGAAGUCAAGGGCACUGAUUCCUGGCAGCGCAGCUGCCUCUCGCCUGUCCCUCGUGCCUGGCGCAGCUGGUGCCGCUGGUGCAGCUGCAGACAGAAGAACCAUCCUUAUUGCUACUAUGGAGUACGAUAUUGAAGAUUGGGCUAUCAAGAUCAAGAUUGGUGGUCUUGGUGUCAUGGCGCAACUUAUGGGAAAGAAUCUUGGCCAUCAGGACCUGAUUUGGGUUGUUCCUUGUGUCGGUGGAGUCGAAUACCCCGAAGCUGAACGUGCUGAGCCUAUGUCUGUGACUAUUCUUGGUUCCACCUAUGAGGUCGAAGUCCAAUACCACAUUCUGCGCAACAUUACAUACGUCCUAUUGGAUGCUCCCGUCUUCAGGAAGCAGACAAAGACUGAUCCCUACCCGGCUCGAAUGGAUGAUCUCGAAUCCGCCGUCUACUACUCCACCUGGAAUCAGUGUAUUGCCCUUGCAAUUGCACGUUUCCCCAUUGAUCUGUACCAUAUCAACGAUUAUCACGGAGCUGCGGCGCCUCUUUACAUGCUUCCAGAUCGCACUAUUCCAGUUUGCUUGUCUCUCCACAAUGCCGAAUUUCAAGGUCUAUGGCCACUGCGAAAUGCCAAGGAAUUCAACGAGGUCUGUUCAGUCUUCAACCUCCCCUCCGAGAUCGUGGAAAGAUACGUCCAAUUCGGAGACGUCUUCAAUCUGCUCCACGCUGGAGCCUCGUAUAUCCGCCUUCAUCAGAAGGGCUUUGGGGCCGUCGGUGUCAGUGCCAAAUAUGGUGCCCGUUCUCACGCUCGCUACCCCAUUUUCUGGGGUCUGAAGAAGAUUGGGCAACUCCCCAACCCUGAUCCUACGGAUCUUGGUGAGUGGUCUGGUAAACAGGACGAUAGCAAGGUUGUAAUUGAUGAGGCCUUCGAAUCUGCUCGCCCUGGACUCAAGGGUCAGGCUCAGGAAUGGGCUGGCUUAAACCAAGACCCGGAUGCCGAACUGUUCGUCUUUGUUGGUCGCUGGAGUAUGCAAAAGGGUAUUGAUUUGAUUGCCGAUGUCUUCCCCGCCGUUUUGGAGAGCAACCCCAAGGUACAGCUCCUCACUGUUGGUCCGGUCAUCGAUCUUUACGGUAAAUUCGCUGCUCUCAAGUUGGAUGUCAUGAUGAAGAAAUACCCUGGUCGUGUGUACUCGAAGCCCGAGUUCACUGCUCUCCCACCCUUCAUUUUCAGUGGUGCCGAGUUUGCUCUUAUCCCAUCCCGUGAUGAGCCGUUCGGUUUGGUCGCUGUCGAGUUCGGUCGCAAGGGUGCUCUUGGUGUUGGAGCUCGCGUUGGUGGUCUCGGUCAAAUGCCCGGCUGGUGGUUCACUGUCGAGUCGACUACUACCGCUCACAUGCUUAGCCAGUUCAAGGGAUCGAUCAAGGAAGCUUUGGCAUCCAAGCUCGAAACCCGCCGAAAGAUGCGAGCUAGAUCUGCCAAGCAACGAUUCCCCGUCGCCGCCUGGGUUGAACAAUUAGAGAACCUUCAGUCGAGUGCGAUUAAUACCCACGUUAAGGAAGUCGAAAGAGGUGGCCCUAGGAGCGGCUUGAGUCUGCCAUUACCGGGACGUCGCUCCCGCGGAAACAGUGGCACAUAUUCUCGACCGGUCAGCGGCAUGUACUCUCGAUCGGCGAGCAUGGACGCGACGCCAGCAGGCGGAAACUCCCCUCCUUUGCACCCUGUCUACUUCAACCCGGAUAACUCCAUACCCAGCACUGCCACCACUUCACAAAUUACCUUAAAUCAGUCAGACUUUGACCGCCGCCGCAGUCCUCUCGACCUGGGCGACGACGACAACGACCUCGGAGACGGACGUGACCGUGACAGCCUUAUCUCAGACCCUUCUAAGCCCGUUUCUUUGUUGUCUCGCGAUAUUCCGACCCCCCCUGAGGCUGAGGAUGGGCCGUCAAGAGACGAGGGAGAUGGUCUACUCGGUAACCAAGCUCGAACUAGGGAUGGCCUGGGCAUUCACUAUCAAUCUCGCUCCCGCCCUGUCUCUAUGCUAAGCUUGAACACUGUGGUGGGAGACAAAAAGGACUUCCUUCUUCAGAAGGUCGACCCCGAUUUCACUGACAGCAAGGGCGAAUACUACAAGGCUUUCGAGGGCAAACUUGCCGACCUUUCAGCUGGUAACUCUGAAGAUGCACUUUGCAUUGAAGACUACCUCGUAAAGUCAGAGCGAGAGUGGUAUAGCGAUUUCAAAAAUGCUAAGCUGGGACGCUCAAGCGACCGCUCCCGCUCAGGAUCCCGCUCCCGUUCUCGAUCUAGAUCUAGAAAUCGGUCGGACAGCGGGUCAUCUGUCCUGACCAAGAAGAACCGCGCAAGCCCCACCCCUGUUCUAUACGAUGGAGAGCACGAAGCCUACAACAUGGGUGAUGAUGAUGACGAGUGGCUACUUGGACAGGACUACAAGCCUCCCACUGGUGUCAGAUACUUGAUGCAGCGCCGUAUCGGCGACUGGCCCGUCUACAGUUUCGUCCUUGCCUUCGGUCAGAUCAUGGCUGCCAACUCGUAUCAAGUUACCCUGCUCUCUGGAACAGCCAGUUCAGCCAGCAUUAUCUACGCUACUGGAGCUAUCUACAUCGUCUUUUCGGUAAUUUGGUGGAUUUUGUUCCGCAAAGCCGCAUCUGUCUAUGUUCUCUCCAUUCCUUUCAUCUUCUACGGAUCUGCAUUCUUCUUGCUCGGCCUUGUACCAGUCGCCAAUAGCUCUAAAGUUGCUCAAACUUGGCUAGAGAAUAUUGCAACUGGAUUGUAUGCUGCCGCGUCGCCCUCAGGUUCAAUUUUCUUCGCUCUGAACUUCGGUGACGAAGGAGGUUCUCCUAUCAAAUCCUGGGUUUUCCGUGCCUGUGUCAUCCAAGGCACCCAGCAAAUCUACGUCGUUGCUCUCUGGGCAUGGGGUAACUACCAAAACAACAUUUUGGGCACCGGUGCCGCCCUCUCCGAUAGCAUGAUUACAACCACCAGCCUCAAAUUCACUGGCAUCAUGAUCCCUAUUGCUUGCCUCAUCUGGGGUAUCGGCGCACUCUGCUACUUCGGACUACCAUCUUACUACCGACAAGCUCCGGGCCAUGUACCUUCAUUCUACAAGGCCAUCAUGCGCCGUAACAUCGUUAUCUGGUUUUUUAUUGUCAUCAUCAUUCAAAAUUACUUCCUUUCCGCCUCCACAGGUCGCAACUGGCAAUACCUCUGGAGCAGCAACGCGGCGAAGAUCUACCAGAUCGCCCUCCUCGCCGUUUUCUUCUUCAUAAUCGUGUGGGCCCUCCUUCUCCUCCUCUUCGCCAAGCUCUCUCAAGGCCACUCCUGGAUUCUCCCUCUCUUCGCAAUCGGUCUCAUCGCACCCCGCUGGGCUCAGAUCCUCUGGGCCACCUCCAACAUCGGCAUCCUCCUUCCUUGGACCGGAUCGCCGCUCGCAUCCGCACUUGUUUCACGCUCGCUGUGGCUGUGGCUCGGUGUCCUCGACGCCUUCCAGGGUGUAGGGUUCGGUAUGAUCCUCCUCCAGACUCUGACGAGGUUGCACAUCGCGUACACGCUUGUUGGAGCGCAGAUCUUUGGGUCCGUGGCAACAAUGGUUGCGAGGGCUACAUCGCCAAACAGGGAAGGGCAGGGCGAUUUAUUCCCCGACUUCUCGGUUGGACCGUUGCCGGGCUUGAGCAAGCCAUGGUUCUGGGUCGGGCUGAUCUUCCAGCUUAUUAUUACUCUUGGAUUUUUGAGGUUCUUCAGGAAAGAGCAGUUGUCUAAGCCAUAAAAUGGCUAUGUGAGAAGGUGAAUAUCGCGACUUGAGGCGAUAUGUGUGUGUAAGUUGAUAUUGAGCAUGUAUAGGCGUUUUGGAAUGGAUCCUGCUUGGGACUGGAGGCAUAUAUCGUUAUUUAAGCGUCACAUAUUGUUAUCUAGCGUAAAGUUAUUAUUUGGCGUAUAGUUAUUG